GCAUGGGCUGUGUAUUCCAAGAUGGCGCUGCAGAGGAUGGUGGCGCGGUUGCUGUGCAUCAGGACAGAUUUAGGGGUCAAAAAUAACGUGAGACAUUUUAAAACAGCAGCUGUGUUAUUUCGCCGGACUGCGCCACUGGGUCCAAUGCCAAAUGAAGACGUAGACUGGAAGAACCUGGAGGCUCUGGAGAAAUAUUGCAGCUACACACGCUACCUCAGAAUUGCAGAGGAGGCCAGUACUAAAGACGUCUGGUGGAAGACGUACAAGAAACAUGUGGAACAGAAAUCUGACACAGACUUUGAGCCAGUGGACAUCGGCUUGCCUUACUGCCGACCCUCCAGGUUAAAGGAAGUUCGGGAAAGAAGGAAGGUGAUAAAAGAAAACAAAAAGAACCCAGAGCUGGAGAGAGAUGCUCGUCUACGCACGUUUCGCAUUCCUUUGGACCAAGUGAAGGAGGAAUGGGAGAAAACUAAUGGCCCUUACCACAUCCAGAGGCUGGCGGAGCACUACGGAAUAUACAGAGACCUUUUCCCCAUGGCCUAUUUUGUUCCAAGGGUGAUGCUGAGGGUGGCAUACGGUGACGAUAGCAAUGCCAUGGUGCAUUAUGGCAGUCAUUUAUCACCUAGUCAGGCUUCGUCAGCUCCUCGCGUUAGCUUCGAGGCAGAAAAGAAUUCUCUUUGGACACUGCUGCUAACAAGCCCAGAUGAGCAUUUGCAGGAUGGUGAGCAGGAAUAUGUGCAUUGGCUAGUUGGUAAUAUUCCCGGUGACGCUGUAUGCGCCGGUGAUGAGCUCGCUCAUUACAUGACUCCAUUUCCUGCCAAGGGAACAGGGUUUCACAGAUACGUCUUUAUCCUCUUCAGACAGGAUGAUGUUGUCGACUUCAGCGAUGAUGUCAGACCAAAUCCCUGUUACAGUCUGCAGCAGCGAAGUUUUAAGACACUGGACUUCUACAGGAAACACGAAGGUCUAAUUACUCCUGCUGGACUGGCUUUCUUUCAGAGCCAGUGGGACGAGUCUGUCACCACAACUUUCCACACAUUGUUCAAUAUGAGAGAGCCAGUGUUUGAGUACGACCAACCACCGGUGUAUCAUCCACCCCAGAAAAAAUACCCUCACGGUCAGCCGCUUCGAUACCUGGACCGCUACAGACCCGGAAAAGAACACACGUACGGCAUUUACUGAAAACGCAUGCUGGAUGUUUGUGACUGUAGAAAUUUCUUCUCGUAAAGAAAAUGGUUUAAUUCCAUGAUACAGUUCACUAGGCAUGAAACUUGCCAAUCAGACUUUUAAAUAAACAAACAAACGGAUGCGUUAUGAAAUAUCCGAAGCAGUACGAGUUGAUGCAGUUUGAAAAAUUUCCUGUGCUAGAAAACUUUUACUGGACUUGACAAAACACAAUCACCCAACCCAACACUGAUCCAUUCAAAUAAUAUAACGGCUCUUUUUUUUUUUCUUUUUGCACAAGGCCAUCUGUCUACAGCAGAAAAAAAUAAAAUAACAAAACGCGUCUGGAAAAAUCCCAACAGAGUCUGGAGCCAGAUUCGUGACGUCACCUGCGGAAGCGCCAGCAGGCUGCGCGAGCUUUGCACGGUUUCAGUGCACAGCCUGUGUAGCCCAAGCGCUCCCAUUUCUCUCUCAUUGUCCGGUCUUUUGGGAAACGAUGAGUACUAAUCCCAUCAAGAUUGGUGUUGCUACACCCUCCUACGAUACAUCUGUUAACCAUUUUAAUAAUUACGCGAUAACGUUGAAGAAAUUUGCAGAAAACCACCAGGUCGUUUUCUCAUCAACAAACCAGCGCUGGCGUAGGAUUCAGAAGGAGGCGUUCCGCACGCGAUGUCAUGGAAAUCAAUGUUUGCCAGGAAAUCCAAAUGGCAAUUUUUUUUUUUUUUUUUUUUUUUUUAUUUAAGAUUUUUUUGGGGGCUUUUUCACCUUUAUUGGAUAGGACAGUGUAGAGACAGGACAGGAAAUGAUCGGGAGAGAGAGACCGGGAGGGAUCGGGAAAUGACCUCAGGUCGGAAUCGAACCCGGGUCCCUGGAUUUAUGGUAUGGCGCCUUAGCCACCUGAGCCACGACGCCCCCAAAUGCCAAGUUUUUUCAGAGGCGGACCAAUUCGCCUCAAAUGGCUUGAUUUCAACUGAAUUUUUUUCUGGUAUUGCGCAAGGUAAAAAAAAAAAAAGAAUAGCAGAGAAUGCAGAAUGUUACAGAUAUUUGACAAGUUUAAUAUAAAAUAGGAGAAUUACAUUGAUCUUGCUCCUGAAUUUACCCGUGGUAUGCACUUUCAUGUUGAGCAAUCAAGAUUUAUUCCUCAAAAUUUGAACGAGAAAUUCAAAAGGUAUGUGGAUUCCAUGAACAAUUUCACAAAUUUAUCACGUUCGACUUUGUUCGAGCGUAUAUAACACGUAAUGAGCAAAACGCCUUUUCUUUUCCAGCGAAUAGCAUUUUCUAUACCUAAAAAGAUAAAAACAAAAAAAAUUAAACAUUUUUGACCUGUUUCCACACAUGCUGUUAAAAUUUGAGGUCAAUUGAACGAAAACUGGCAAAGUUAUUAGAUAUCAAAUUUUUUUGAAACACCCUGUAUGUCUGGAUCACAUAACCACUUCCCCACAUUAACCCAGUUAGAAAAUAAUCAGUUCUAAUUCUUCUUUGUGCCGCAAGGAGCGAAGGGCCUAAGACCAUCGACGAUCCUUUUCCAGCGCGCACCUCUCUCCCUACAUCUGUCCAACUUAAUCCUUGCUCCCUAAGUUCUUUAUAUCUGAAUCUCUCCUCCAGCUGUUUCCUCUUUCUUGAAGAGUUCCUGGCCAAUAUGUUGUUCCUCUUUGACUUGUGCACUUCAAUCCCUCUCUUCCUCUCUUUGACCUAUUCACCCUCAUCUGUAGCGUGACUAGUUCUUCCCCCGCUUGAUUUCAUAACUCCUCAUGGGCAAGGGAGUAACUUUUGAUUUUGACAUUGGUGGGGACACAAAUGUGAUCCAAGGCAGAGCUUCUGAAAGGUGGUUUUUUUUUUUUCCAUUAGCAAUCAUAAUUUCAUGUCAUGCAGAUCUUAUAGGUUAAUGAGGGCAGCCGUGGCCUAAUGGUUGGGAGUUGGUCUUUGGAUCCCAGGGUUGCAGGUUCGGAUCCCGCCCUUACCUCUCCCUACAUCUCCAUCCAUGGCUGAAGUGCCCUUGAGCAAGGCACCUAACCCAACAUUGCUCCAGGGACUGUAACCUAGCUCUGAGUCCUGUCAUGUUGCUAAACCUGCCUAAGGAGCCGCAGCAAUACUUUUAUGAAGGGUUUCCAUACAUCAAAAGGAUUUUGUUGAGUUCUUAAAGCUCGACGGAAACCCUGCACUUACAUUCUUGACUUUGAAGAAGAAUGAACGAAUGUCUUGGAAGGGGGCCGUCGUCCAUGAUACUCAAGUCAGCAUGCGAGUCGUAGGGCAAGCAUGCAUGGAUAUCGAAGUCCAGCUCAAUUUGUAGGCUGACGGAGAGUGGGGUGUGUGUGGGGUAGGUCAGGUGUGUACGUGUGAGAUACGGGGGGUUGAUGGGCGGGUAGUCACGGCUGCUGUGGGAAGUGUGCUGCUUUUACAGCAGAUGGAGUGACAGCUGGGAUAGCCAACCAUGUAAGUUAGCGAGAAACAGGUAGCUAAUCAGAGAAUAUCUACGUUAGAGGGGGGAUUAUUAGCAGUGUCAUACAUUUAACCCUUUGUGUGCCAUAUAAUCAUUGCUCAGGUUAGGACAUCGGUUUUAUUGAUCGUGAUUACACAGUAGCGGCUGAAUACUGGUAUGGACACGUCCCUCCCCAAAAUUACGCCCUAGCUCAUGGGUAACCUCAUCACAUCAUAAUAUUCUCAGACAAAUGUUGAUUAAAUGUCUGGAUUUUCCAAUUGGAUAUUUUGGUUGCCCUUAAAAAAAUAAAAGUUUAUUCAAGUGUG